AUGAAUCCGUAUUUCUUGGGAUUCAUUCUCCCUUUUGUGGCAUCUCUCCUGCUCAGCAAGAGAAAGUCUGAGAAGAAGAGGGGUGUGCCAGCCAAUGUGGGUGGAGAGCCUGGCUGCGCCAUCCGUAACCACAGAUUUGAACGGCCUAUCGAGACGCUCUGGGAGGGGAUUUCAACGCUUGCUGAGCUAUUUGAGCAAUCGUGCAAGCGGUUUGCCUGCAUGCCCCUAUUUGGCACUAGGAAGCUCGUUGCGAGAGAAAUGGUAGUGGCUGCUGAUGGAAGAUCCUUUGAGAAGCUCCAUUUGGGAAAUUAUGAGUGGAAGAGCUACGCUGAUGCGUUCAAAACUGUCUGCAAUUUCGCUUCUGGUCUUCUGCGGAUUGGGCACCUGAAGGAUGAGCGUGUUGCUAUUUUUUCUGAUACACGGGCUGAGUGGCAGAUUGCGUUGCAGGCAUGCUUCAGACAAAAUAUUGCAGUUGUCACAAUCUAUGCCUCUUUGGGGGAGGGAGCGCUAUGUCACUCACUAAAUGAGACUGAGGUAACCACUGUUGUGUGCGGACGGAAAGAACUUAAAAAGCUGAUUGAUAUAAGUGGGCAACUUGACACUGUGAAACAUGUCGUCUACAUUAAUGAGGAAGGUGUCUCGGCUGAAGUAUCCUUGGCUCAAAACUGUACUAGCUGGACCAUCAAGUCAUUUGAGGAGGUAGAGAGCAUAGGGUUGCAAAGACCUGUGGAGGAAAACUUGCCUCUCCCAUCAGAUACUGCAGUGAUUAUGUAUACGAGUGGGAGCACAGGAAUGCCUAAGGGAGUCAUGAUGAGCCACCAAAAUGUCUUGGCUGUAGUUUCAGCUGUUAUGACCAUUGUGCCCGGUCUUGGCAAGAAGGAUGUGUACCUGGCAUACCUUCCCCUAGCACAUAUCCUUGAAUUGGCAGCUGAGGCAAUCAUAACUGGUGUUGGGGCUUCAAUUGGAUACGGGUCACCUUUGACCCUGACCGAUACAUCAAAUAAAAUAAAAAAGGGGACGCAGGGUGAUGCUUCUGUACUGAAGCCAACACUAAUGACCGCUGUACCUGCUAUACUCGACCGUGUUCGUGAUGGUGUACGAAAAAACGUAGAUGCAAAAGGUGGGUUAGCGAAGAGAUUAUUUGAUAUUGCCUACAGCCGCCGUCUAGCUGCUGUUAAUGGAAGCUGGUUGGGUGCAUGGGGACUAGAGAAGCUCUUGUGGGAUAUGCUUGUGUUCCAAAAGGUUCGUGCAACCUUAGGAGGACGGAUUCGCUUUAUUCUUGCAGGUGGAGCACCUCUGUCAGGGGAUACUCAGAGAUUUAUCAAUAUAUGUCUCGGGGCUCCAAUAUCGCAAGGAUAUGGCCUGACUGAAACUUGUGCUGGUGGGACAUUUUCAGAGUAUGAUGAAACAUCUGUUGGCCGUGUUGGUCCCCCUCUGCCUUGUUCAUACAUUAAGUUGGUAGACUGGGCCGAAGGUGGAUACUUAACAACUGAUGUGCCAAUGCCUCGCGGUGAAAUAGUUAUUGGGGGCCCAAAUGUAACUAAAGGCUACUUCAAAAAUGAAGCAAAAACAAACGAGGUGUACAAGGUUGACGAAAGAGGCAUGCGGUGGUUCUACUCCGGUGACAUUGGGCGCUUGCACCCAGACGGAUGUCUUGAAAUCAUCGACCGUAAGAAGGAUAUAGUCAAGCUUCAACAUGGUGAAUAUGUUUCUCUAGGAAAGGUGGAGGCUGCUUUGAGUGUGUGCUCGUACAUUGACCAGAUCAUGAUCCAUGCUGACCCCUUCCACAACUACUGUGUCGCGCUUAUUGUAGCUGCACAGAGUGAGCUGAAAAACUGGGCCUCAAAACAAGGAAUCACAUAUAGUGAUUUCUCAGAUUUGUGUCAGAAGCAAGGGACAGUCAAAGAAGUCCUCCAAUCUUUGGUGAAGGCUGCUAAGCAAGCACGACUGGAGAAAUUUGAGAUCCCAGCCAAAAUUAAGUUGAUACCAGAGCCAUGGACGCCGGAGUCAGGCCUCGUCACGGCUGCCCUCAAGCUCAAGAGGGAGGUCAUCAAGAAGGCAUACGAGAUGGACCUUGCCCAGUUGUACAGCUAG